AUGGAUUUCAUCAAGACUGGUUCCCUGCGUGUUAUGAGUGAGUUAACUCUCCAACGCAAUUGGAUUCGCAUCAUUUGGAUGAGUAGAAAAGGAGUUAUGAUCAAAUUAGCAAAGACUGGUCCAGACGGCUUAAAACGAGCAACAGCAUCUGAACCGCGCGUACCGGCCGACCGAGGAACUAUCGUGCCACGAUCGACCCGCGUCCAGACUCUUCAUCCGUCUGGCCUGAGUGCACGGCCGAGCACACUUACCGACCCGGGAAGCAAUAGCCCACGAUCGAACCCAUCCGAGUCUCAUGACCUUAGGCCGCGCACGACCGCACCACGUGAACAGGGAAGCAUCGCCUCACGACCGCGCAACACGACCCAUGUCCCACGCACGAUCGCACCGUCCGACCAGGAAGGCAUCAUCCCGCGUCCGACCAGAACCUUCGACCAAAGUCAUCCGUCCGACCAAACCCGACGAACGAACGAGAAUUCCCUCGGCCACGAUCGACCCAAUCGUACCAAUGGCCAAUCACAACCCGAUAGCCGGCCGAACAUCCCGACCGACCAUCCGAACGGUCCGGUCGACCCGAAGCCGUUUUUGAAGCCCGUUUCACACGAUUCAAGCCCAACUACAUGGCCGACUUAUUAG